GCCAGGCCGGGGGGCUGGCGCGGAGGUAAACAGACGGGCCCUGUUCGCUCUACGUGCCCCAGCAUUAGAGGGCGAAAUGACCAAACUCUUUGCGAGCGUUUACUGCGUACCUACUACGUGCAAGGUACUGGACAACCUAGAGGAAUAGGCCAUUGUCCCCGUCUCCGGGGAACUGGGAGGAUGGACCCGAAGAUAUAUGGGCUAGAAAACAGCAGCCAUCGAACAAGGCAAACCGUUAAAGGUCAGGUGCUAAGGAAGGCUUCUAAAUGAGGUUGCCACUGGUGACCUUUCAGCUAAAUGAGGAGCCCAUGAAACCAGAGGAGGUGAGAGGAUGGCUGUUCCUUCGGAGGGAACAGAAUGAGCAAAGACAGGGAAGAGGAGAGCACCUGGCUUGUUGCAGGAACUGGGACUAGGCCAGUUUGAGGGAAGUGUAGAAUUUGAGCAGGAAUGUACUGUGAGAUAAGUGGGAAACGUAGAUUGGUGCCUUCUUGGGCUCACUUGGACGAAAAACAAGCUUAUUUUAUCCAUCAUGGCUUACUGAAUCCGAGAAGCCAUCUAGUGUUUAUGUGAAUUGUAUGUAGGUAUUUAUAAAAUUAGAGACGCAGGUCAACAUAUUUUUUCAAUGACUUAUUCACCAUUCCUGAUGAGAACCAAACGUUUGGCAGCCCUUUAUCCAUUAUUAUGCGCAUCCUGAAGCUUCAAGCACGAGGCAAAGACCACUUCAAAGUACGCGGGCCUCUCACUGUUGUGGCCUCUCCCCUUGCGGAGCACAGGCUCCGGACGUGCAGGCUCAGCGGCCAUGGCUCACGGGCCUAGCCACUCCGCGGCAUGUGGGAUCUUCCCGGACCGGGGCACGAACCCAUGUUCCCUGCAUCGGCAGGCGGACUCAACAACUGCGCCACCAGGGAAGCCCUUUACUCCUAUUUUUAAAGCAACUUUCUUCUUAGGGAAUCUGUUUGAUUAUUUUAGUUGCUCUUUUCUCUCACCUGGUAUACUGACUAGGCUCUUUUUUAAGGUUUUGGGGCAGAAUUAGAUGCUUGACCCCAGGUAUAGCUUCAUUAUCAUUUUGUUGAAUAUAGGACAAAACAGUGCUUUCAGUUUUGUUUUCCAUGUUUUUAGCAAGGAGGCUAAGAACUUGGAAAUUAUUGCUAUAUGACUUUAAGAAACAGUCAACAAUAACUCAUGGUUCUUUUUCUUGAAAUAAAACAUAGCUCCAAGCUCAUCUUUCAAGUGUCCUUCAGACUAACAACCUAAAUGCAUUAUCCAAAAUCAGUACAGAAUGAAACUAAUUUGCCAUACUUCUGUCCACUCACAUAGCCUUGUUUAUUUAUCUUCAAUUUAGAUUGAUCUGCUUGGUGUUUACUACUCUGGAAAGCUUAAGGACACCUCAGCCUAGUGACUUUUCUUUUUUUUUUUGCGUUAUGCGGGCCUCUCACUGUUGUGGCCUCUCCCAUUGCGGAGCACAGACUCUGGACACGCAGGCUCAGCAGCCAUGGCCCAUGGGCCCAGCCGCUCCACGGCAUGUGGGAUCCUCCCGGACCGGGGCAUGAACCCGUGUCCCCUGCAUCGGCAGGCGGACUCUCAACCACUGCGCCACCAGGGAAGCCCCUGUGACUUUUCUUAUAUGAGCCCACUUUCAAACAGUCUAUGAAAAGUUUUAAGUAAGUCCCCUAGCAGUAAUCCUUGAGGACUCUACUCUGAAAUCAGAAAAAUCCAUCUGGUAUUGGGGAACCAACAGUAGUCAGCAGACCUGCAUACUGGCACCAGUUCUGCCACUUGUUAGGGUACAGGCAAGUCAUUUAAUCUUAUCAUAAAAAUGCCUCUCCUCCCUUGCAGGUUUGUUCCAAGGAUUUCAUGAGAUAAUGUGUGUGAAAGCACUCUGAAAAUGCUAAACGACUGUAUAAAUAAGUGGUGCUAUUAAUAUCUCCACCCAGAAGCUUGCCUGUUUAAACCACGGUUUCCUAAAGUUAAGGCAGCUCUCUCUUUCAUUCAAUUCAUUCCACAGAUAUUCUUUAAGUGCCUACUUUACCCAACAUAGAACUUUGUCCCCAUUUUCUGAGUAACUUAGUUAAGUAGGGCUUUUCUUCAACGUUUAGUAUGUAAAUUUGUAAACACUUUUUUUUUUUUUAAAUGUAGCUUUCACUGUUUCUAUGCUUAUUUAUCCCUCAAAGAAUUGUGGUCAAAUAGUGAAACAUGAGACAUGCCGUAGCAUGCUGCAAAGGUAGAAGGCCAGAAGAGUCUCUGCCUGCAUCUCCCACAGAAAACAGGAGUGUCUUCUAUGCAGCCCAGGAGAGACGAAGGGAAAGUUCAGACAGGGUAUAGCUGAUGGCAUAGUGAGAAGGGGAGGAGGAGGAACUGUAUAUAACUUCUCAGAUCCCAACAAUCAGUAUUAUAAGAAAUAGAUUUACUUACAUGAAAGCAGCUUACGGAAAUCUCCUUUAGCUGGUGGCCCAUUCAGCAAAGAAAAAUUUCUUCCAGUUUUAGAAGCUUCUGAAGGUUUAUAAAUACUGUUUCCAAAGGAAAUAUAAAAGGCAAGUGAUUCUUGGAGAAGAGGAAAAAAGACAGAUUUAAAAAAAUGAUUUAGCUGUACAGCAGGUUAUGAAGGAGGGAAAAGGAAGAGAUUAAAAUGAUUCUUUCCCUCCUCCCUCUGUGACUCAGAGAUUAAUUUUAAAAAUAAUCUUCAUCCCAGUAUGGGAAGCUGAGCAAAGACUCACAUCUUCACAUUCCAAGUUCCAUGAUGGCCUUGGAGAGGAAAGGAGCAAAAGGAAGAGGGAGAUAGGAAACAGUAACAAUUAAAGAUAAUCUGGAAGAGGCUUUACCUACUCAGAAGAGGUGAGAUGAAAUUAAAGGCAGGUCUAGCUGUGAUGAAAUAGGCAUUUUCUGUUAUCGCCCUAUUCUGAAGUAUGUUGUAUCAGCAAGGAUGAAGCCUCAACUUGUCUUUUCAUUCUUACCUCCCACUAACUCUUCUGGUGAUCCAUAUUUUACUCAUUCAAAUGAAUUUUCAUCUUUCAACACCAUUCCUCUUUCUUUGUAGCAGCAACAGAAGGCUUUUUUCUAGGUGUUUCCUAAGUCACAUUUAAUUUAUGUAAGCAUGUUCAUUUUUUUAAAGUUUUUUUAAAUUUUGAAAGUAUUAAAACUUACAGAAAAGUUGUACACAUAGCAUAAUGAACUUUUUUUUAACUGACUAAUUUGAGAGUAAGUUGCUGGCAUGACAUCUGUGGUGGAAAUUGAGAUGCAUUGACCAGAUACCCUUCAUGGAAGGACUUGUUGCUCAACUGUGAGGUCAACAAGCAUCUGUCCACUGUCAUUCCCUUCAGGGUUGGCCUCAUCUGCAGAGAGCUACCUUGCCCAAGGAGAUGCCCCUUUCCCAGGUGGCCCAAAUCCAAGGACUGAUCAAGGGAAGGAUAGAGCGGCCUGGCUAUUUUGGCCCUGUGCAGGGCAACUUCAAUGGGCCAUUUCUGCUCAAGAGCUCCCAAUGGGGUUAGUUGAGUUUAUCAGCCUGUAUCUCAGAUCAACAUCUUCCUCUGCCCAAUUCUGUUUUCUUUCCUCCAACCCAUAGACAUGGAUCUCAAGAGCUCGCCUUCAUAAUUAUCCUGAACACUAAAGUCUGUCUCAGAGUCUGCUUCCUGGAAAACCCAAACUGCCACAGUUGGAGCCAGGAGAGAUCAAGAAAGCAGAUGAUAAGAUGGGGUUUUGAAGCUGGAUCACUACCCGGCUGGUAUGAGGACCUCAUCACUGGUGAUGGAUGGAGCACGGAUAGUCCUUGGCAUAAGCGGUACGCGGGCCUCUCACUGUUGCGGCCUCUCCCGUUGUGGAGCACAGGCUUUGGACGCGCAGGCUCAGCAGCCAUGGCUCACGGGCCCAGCCGCUCCGCGGCAUGUGGGAUCUUCCCAGACCGGGGCACGAACCCGUGUCCCCUGCGUCGGCAGGCGGACUCUCAACCACUGUGCCACCAGGGAAGCCCUGGGUGUCGAUCCCAAAGGCACUCCCUGAUAAACAUCCUGGACACUAAACUCUGACUCAGAGUCUUCUUCCUGCAGAGCCUGAACUGUGAAAAUGCCCUGUUAUCACAAAUACUUUUAGUAUGUAUAUUUUACUAGUGAAUAUUCAUCUAGAUAACCCCAGUACAAUAUCGAAAUCAGGAAUUUAACAUUGAUAUGUUACUGUAUGAUCCUCAUACCCCAUUCAAAUUUUGUCAAUGGUCACAGUAAUGUCCUCUGCCCAGAAAUUGUGCGUUGUAUUUAGCUGUCUCUUCAGUCUUCAAUUUUGAACGGUUCCCUAGUCUUUGCUUUACUUUCAUGACCUUGAUACUCUUUAAGAUUACGGCCACUUAUUUUUGUAGAAUGUCCCUCAGUCUGGGUUUGUCUGAGGUUUUGUGAUGACUAAAUAUAGGUUAUCUUUGGUGGAACGAUUAGAGAAGUGAUGCCAUGUUCUCACUGUAUCCUAUUAGGUGGCACAUGACUUCAGUUUGUCGUGUCACUGGUGAUGCUAACUUGAUUAAGGUGGCAUCUGCCUUGUAAUUAAGUAUUUUGUGGGGAAGUACUUUGAGGCUAUGUAAAUAUCCCAUUCUUCAUAAUACUUCCUAGUUAUUCUUUUUAAAAUUUAUUAGCCAAGGAAUUCCUAUUUUAUUCAGUGGACAGUAACCCAUGACUGUCGUUAUUUUGACACUUAGACUGUUCCACAUUUGGUCACUGGGAGCCUCUUCAAGUUGGCUUCUUUAUUCUCUUAACAUAACUCCAUCAUUCUUUUGCACUUCCUUGCUUGCUGCAUGAGAUAGUCCAAGCUUAUUUUGUACUUUUCCUGCUCCAGCCCUGGAAUCAGCCAUUUCUCCAAGGAGCUCUGGUUCCUUCUGGCAGAGAAUGGCAUUCAGAAACUAAGAUCUUGGCGUUAGAUGUGCUCAUUGCUAUUGAGGUAUCAACUGUUCUUAGGCCCUUUCAGCAGACAGAUCUAGGGAAUAUAUGAAAUAUAUGUAUGUAUAUGUAUAUAUGUAUUUAUGUAUAUAAAUUUACAUUUAUGUUUACACAAACACAUUUUACAUCUAUAUUUCUAUAUCUAUAUAUAUUCAAAAUCAUGAGUUCACGCUGAUACCUCCAAUUUCAAUCCAAUACCAACUAGUUCAUUCUAGUUUUUUCAUUAUUCAUAUAUGUAACUACCAUCUCUACCAGUAACAAAUGUAACUCCCAUUAUCCUUAGUAUGACUAUUAUAUUUCAUCAAUCCUUCUGUGCAUAAAUAAUCUCCUGUGAUUACCCCUUCCCCCUGUGUGGAUACCUCCUCACCUUGCACUGGGCUGCUGCUCUGCCUUGGGCUCCAAUGCUUGGGCUUGCUUGGGCUCCAAUGCCCCAAGCUGGACCAUCCCCUGCACAGUCACCUUCCUCACCCUGGUCUGACUCUGACACCCUGUGCCAGAUGGCCUUCCUUCAAUGGAUGGCCUCCUUACCCAGCUUGAUCUCUGCACCCACACUAGGCCUCCUUUCUUCCUCUCCCUUCCCCCUUCCCCAUGUGGAUAGCUAUCUUACCCUCAUUGGGUUCCAACGCCUGGCAACCACAGGCUAACCCUCUGCAGGGACUCCAUUCUCACUAUGCUCAGGAUACCACACCGGUCUCCCUCUCCGUGGGGGGGACACGCUCCUCAUCCCAGUCAGGCCACCCUCCACACAGAUGCCCUUCUCACCUGUCUUGGGCUUUGACACCUGCACCUGGCUGACCUUUUACCCAGAUGCCCUCCUCACACCUUUCAGCCACCACAGUUCCACACCCCCACCAAGGACACCAACCUUGCUUGGCUCCAUGAAUUGGCUUUUGGCCUGAUUUGUACAGAAAGGAGAGGGAAGAGGAUGGGAAGGUAGAGGAAGAAGUGGCAGACCAUUAAUUCAUUCUUUGAAGUUCAUUUUUUUAAAGUUUUAUUCUAUUUAUUUAUUUUUUGGCCAUGCCGCGUGGCUUGUGGGAUCUUAGUUCCCCGACCGGAGGUUGAACUGCACCCUCAGCAGUGAAUGCAUGGAGUCCUAACCACUGGGCCACCAGGGAAUUCCCUAAAGUUCAUUUUUAAUAGAAUCAUUUUUCUGAUAUUCACUUCCAGUUUGGUUUGGGGCUCGAUUUAUUUCUUUUUUUCUUUUUCUUUUUUCUGACUAGAUUUAUUUCUGACGUCAUGUCUGUUAAAUUCAUGUUUGCCAAAAGAGCCAAAGCUGCCUGCUCAGCCCAUUCCUUAUCUGUGAUGGCCACCAUCUCCUCUACCAGAACAAGAUGGCUCACACAGGUCAAUACACAACAGACCUCUCCCUGUUGUGGCCUCUCCUGUUUCAGAGCACAGGCUCCGGAUGCACAGGCUCAGCGGCCAUGGCUUACGGACCCAGCCGCUCUGCGGCAUGUGGGAUCUUCCCAGACCAGGGCAUGAACCCGUGUCCCUGCAUCUCAACCACUGCACCACCAGGGAAGCCCACAAUAUGAUAAAUUCUUUGAUAUGGAAGAACUACAGAGUCAAAGCUGCGGCAGGCGCUACUCUUUGUUGCAGUGCGCGGGCUUCUCAUCAUGGUGGCUUCUCUUGUUGUGGAGCACAGGCUCUAGAUUCUGAUUCUGGAUCAGGCUCAGAUUCUGAUCAAGAGAAUGUUGCUUCUGGCAGUAAUGCCUCUGGAAGUGAAAGUGAUCAAGAUGAAAGAGAUGACUCAGGAAAACCAAGUAAUAAGGAACUGUUUGGAGAUGACAGUGAGGAUGAGGGAGCUUCUCAUCACAGUGGGAGUGAUAAUCACUCUGAAGGAUCAGACAAUAGAUCAGAAGCUUCUGAGCGUUCUGACCAUGAAGACAAUGAUCCCUCAGAUGUAGAUCAGCACAGUGGAUCAGAAGCCCACAAUGACGAUGACGAUGAAGGUCAUAGAUCAGAUGGAGGGAGCCAUCACUCAGAAGCGGAAGGUUCUGAAAAAGCACAUUCAGAUGAUGAAAAAUGGUGCAGAGAAGAUAAAAGUGACCAGUCAGAUGAUGAAAAGAUACAAAAUUCUGAUGAUGAGGAGAGGGCACAAGGAUCUGAUGAAGAUAAACUGCAGAAUUCUGAUGAUGAUGAGAAAAUGCAGAACACAGAUGAUGAGGAGAGGCCUCAGCUUUCAGAUGAUGAGAGACAACAACUGUCUGAGGAGGAGAAGGCUAAUUCUGAUGAUGAACGGCCAGCAGCUUCUGAUAAUGAUGACGAGAAACAGAAUUCUGAUGAUGAAGAGCGGCCACAGAUGUCUGAUGAGGAGAAAAUGCAAAAUUCUGAUGACGAAAGGCCACAGGCCUCGGAUGAAGAACACAGGCAUUCAGAUGAUGAAGAGGAACAAGACCAUAAGUCAGAAUCUGCAAGAGGCAGUGAUAGUGAAGAUGAAGUUUUACGAAUGAAACGCAAGAAUGCAAUUGCAUCUGAUUCAGAAGCGGAUAGUGACACUGAGGUACCAAAAGAUAAUAGUGGAACCAUGGAUCUCUUUGGAGGUGCAGAUGAUAUAUCUUCAGGGAGUGAUGGGGAAGAUAAACCACCCACUCCAGGACAGCCUGUUGAUGAAAAUGGAUUGCCUCAGGAUCAACAGGAGGAGGAGCCAAUUCCUGAGACCAGAAUAGAAGUAGAAAUACCCAAAGUAAACACUGAUUUAGGAAAUGACUUGUAUUUUGUUAAGCUGCCCAACUUUCUCAGUGUAGAGCCCAGACCUUUUGAUCCUCAAUAUUAUGAAGAUGAAUUUGAAGAUGAGGAAAUGCUGGAUGAAGAAGGUAGAACCAGGUUAAAAUUAAAGGUAGAAAAUACUAUAAGAUGGAGGAUACGCCGGGAUGAAGAAGGAAAUGAAAUUAAAGAAAGCAAUGCUCGGAUAGUCAAGUGGUCCGAUGGAAGCAUGUCCCUGCAUUUAGGCAAUGAGGUGUUUGAUGUUUACAAGGCUCCACUGCAGGGCGAUCACAACCACCUUUUUAUAAGACAAGGUACCGGUCUACAGGGACAAGCCGUCUUUAAAACCAAACUCACAUUCAGACCUCACUCUACAGACAGUGCCACACAUAGAAAGAUGACCCUGUCACUUGCAGAUAGAUGUUCAAAGACACAGAAGAUUAGAAUCUUACCAAUGGCUGGUCGUGACCCUGAAUGCCAGCGCACAGAGAUGAUUAAGAAAGAAGAAGAACGUUUGAGGGCUUCUAUUCGUAGGGAAUCUCAGCAGCGCCGCAUGAGAGAGAAACAGCACCAGCGGGGGCUGAGUGCUAGCUACCUAGAACCUGAUCGAUAUGAUGAGGAGGAGGAAGGUGAGGAGUCCAUCAGCUUGGCUGCCAUUAAAAACCGGUACAAAGGGGGCAUUCGAGAGGAACGAGCCAGAAUCUAUUCAUCAGACAGUGAUGAGGGAUCAGAAGAAGAUAAGGCUCAAAGAUUACUCAAAGCAAAGAAACUCACCAGUGAUGAGGAAGGUGAGCCUUCUGGAAAGAGAAAAGCAGAAGAUGAUGAUAAAGCAAAUAAAAAGCACAAGAAGUACGUGAUCAGUGACGAAGAGGAAGAAGAUGAUGAUUGAAGUAGAAAAUGUGAGAACUUUAUGUAUUUUAUUGUACAGUUUGUUUUAUAAAUAUGAUGUAAACAUGAAUUAUUUUGACUGAAAUAAAUUGAUUUGCUUUUGAGUAAU